CUGUGCAUUUAGCAAACACAUAUCUCGGAGUAAGUUUCAUUGUUCAUAAAUUAAAAUGUCAUUUCAAACCGCUUUGGUCGCGUCGCUGUUGCUAAUGACAUUUGCUCCGCGAGCAGCGCUCAGCUCUCAACGGCUCUGCGUAAAUAUAGAGAAUAACGACUUCUUGGAACGACCUUCAAACCAACAAGAGCAACUGCAAAGAGUGUACGGAGCUCCUGGGAAAAAGGGACCAAAAGGGGAUGCUGGGCCACCCGGUAAUCGUGGCCCGAAAGGCCCGCCUGGAAAUGUCGAUUAUGAGAAGACAUAUCUUGUGAUGGACGAAAAGAUUAACGCAGCAAUUCGCAAAGUCCGGUCAGAAAUGAAACGAGACAUGAAAAAGAUUGAAGACAAGUUACUACAGGAGAAUAAAAUCCUUAAAGCCAAAAUAGACGGGUUUUGCAAUGUUGAAUACCAGAAUUCUUGUUAUUGGAUUCACCUCGGCAACCGGCCUAUGGAUAUUAAUCAAGCCUCUACUUUUUGUGAAGAAAGACACUCCUCGAUAGCUGACAUAUUGGACGAAGAUCACUACACUUUACUAAUGGAAAAAAUUCGAUCUAUGUUGCCGAAAAACCGCUCAUCUGUUGAUGUAUGGAUCGGUACACAGCUGGAUCAGACUGGAAUCACAUUCUGGAACUGGUAUCCCAAGUACCCGUCUGAUCGCUCUGAAUCGCCAAAUAUCUCGAUCCGCAUCAGGAAAGACAAGAAAGACUCGAAACAAGGAAUGAGAAACCAUCCAAACUCAGCCGCCUUCAGUGACGUUAUUUGCAAAUUUAUAGGAAAUUAG